AUGGGGUCCGUUGCUAGCCCCGCAGAAGCCGUCGCGAGAAUCGCCUACCUCGCCAGCGAUGUCGUUCUCUCCGUCCAACCUUCGCUGGGCACCGAUUCCGAGUUCUCACCUCAUCUCUCUCGAUUUGUUGCGAGCAAAGCAAAGAACUUCGUCUCCAAAUCCCUCCCCGAGAUCGUUCCCGUGCGGCAGAAUGCAGACCCGCUGCUCUCUGCAUACACGCCCCUUCAGGCCGGUAAACUGGUCUCGGUUACGGCUCCCUCCUCCAUUCUGUUGAACUCGGUACCUCAUUUGUAUAAACUCGCUCAAUAUCCAGUUGUCCUCCACGUGGCGCUGGCCACACCCCAGCCAGACUUCUCGGAAAUCAGCUCAAUAAGACAAUGCGGUUUUACUUUUUUGCACUCGGAGACCCUACAAGAGGCACAGGACAUCGCGUUGACAGCUCACGCCCUGGCUGUGAGAAGCGGCAAAGGUGUCAUUCACUUCUACGACCCCAGCAACUCCGUCCAGGACAAUCCAGUCGCGAUCGAGAGCCGCGAGCUGCUUCAAGCACUUCUUGAGAGUGGUAUUAAGGCUUCGCAUACGGGUGAAACCGAACACACCCUUUAUACCGAUAGUGGAAGGACUGCCACUGUCACAGAUCUUGGUCUCCCAGAAAUUGCUCCUGCGCAAGCGCCCGCACCAGCUUCGAGAGAAGUUUUGUCGCCUGUUGCCGCCCCUACAUCAACCAAUGGGCACACGGAUUCGUCCUCGGCAGCAUCUUCCUCCUCACGACGAGAGAGUUCCUCAGGCAGCGUCGCACCAUCGUCAAUUGCGACUACGAUAGAGACACCAGUUUCUCGCGCGGUGAGCGCUACUGACAUCUUUAAUUACGUCAGUGAAAUUUGGGCGGCUAUCUCCCGUAUAACUGGUCGCAACUAUUCUGCGAUUGAAUACUCGGGUCCUCCGGAUGCCGAGGCAGCUCUCUAUAUCUUUGGCUCAACUGGGGUAUUUGUUGACGUCCUCGACGCUGAUGAUGUCCCAGCCGAUCUUUCGAGUCUCGGCAUCAUCACUGCCCGGUUGUACCGGCCAUGGCUUGGGAGCGCUGUUCUGUUGGACUCUAUCCCAAAAACGAUUCAGAAGAUUGCGGUAUUAGAGCAGAUCAGGAGGAAGACCACGAAAUGGGGCCCUUCGUUCCUUGAUUUGUUGUCAAGUUUGAACCCGGGUGCUGGCGGUCAAAGUGCAAUCUCUCUGGUCCAGUACAGGCUGGGUCAGAUCGAUGCAUCAACAGCUCUCCAAGCACUUCGUGGCAUUUUCCAAAAUCUCGCCCCUCCGGUCACGCCCCGAAAACACUCUCGACGCCGCGGCUAUUCCCAAGCCGCGGCCGUCUCGAUCCAGAACCUCAGUAUUGGUCACGAGGUAGAACCUGCGGUUGACAGCUUUAUCCCCGAACAACCCGAGGUUGAGAAUGCCUAUCUUAAAAUUCUCGACCAGUUGUUCAGCACCAGACUCUACAUUGCCAAUUUACUCGACAAGAAGAACGCUGGCGUCUCCUCCACGCUUGCAGCAUCACCGGAGUAUGGUUUUGGCUCCUUGCUCGCUCGGACUGAACGGCGUCAAGAAUUUGUGAAGGAGGUGGAAGGAGCUGCACGCAGCAAUCAAUUCAUCACGGAAUCUCCCAAGCAAUGGUUAUCACGAUGGGCCUUGAACGCUAAUGACGCGGCGAAAGCAAACGAGAUCGCUCCCGAGGUCGUUGCACGUCUAUCCACUGAUGGCUCACGGCUAGCCAAUUCACUCCUCGACAAGAAAGCGUUCUUUUUCAAGGAAUCGCAGUGGUUGAUUGGCUCCGAUGCUUGGGCAUAUGACCUGGGCAAUUCUGGGGUUCAUCACGUUCUUGCCUCGGGUGCUAACGUCAAUUUGCUCAUAAUCGAUUCAGAACCGUAUUCGGAGCGGGCUGCAGCUGAUGCCAUGAGACGCAAGAAAGACAUUGGUCUCUAUGCCAUGAAUUUUGGCAACGCUUAUGUCGCCUCAGUGGCCGUGUACAGUUCUUACACACAAGUCCUGCAAGCGAUGAUCGAGGCUGAAAGAUUCAACGGACCGUCAGUCGUUUUAGCCUACCUCCCUUACAACAAGGAAACCGAUUCGCCGCUAACCGUCCUGCAAGAGACGAAGAAAGCCGUCGACAUGGGUUAUUGGCCAUUGUACCGAUGGGAUCCGUCCAAUGAAGACAAGGGGGAACCUUCCUUCUCGCUCGAUUCCGAACGCAUAAAACGAGAGCUGGAGGAAUUUUUGCGUCGCGACAACCAGCUCACACAGGUAAUGAACCGCCAUCCUCAAUUUGCCGCCAGCCUUUCAGAAUCUUACGGUUCUGAAGUCCGCAAGCUGCAGAAACGCAAAGCGAAGGACGCGUACGAACAGAUGUUGGAGGGCUUAUACGGAGCGCCACUGACGGUCCUUUUCGCCUCUGACAACGGUAAUGCAGAAGGUCUGGCAAAGAGACUAGGCAACCGGGGAAAAGCUCGGGGUUUGAAGACUAUGGUGUUCGCCAUGGACGAUUACCCCUUGGAGGAUCUUCCAAACGAGGAGAACGUGGUGUUCAUCACUAGCACAGCCGGCCAAGGUGAAUUUCCACAAAAUGGUCGUGCUUUCUGGGAAGGGAUCAAAGAUGCUGCGGACCUCGACCUCUCCAAUGUCCACUACUCGGUCUUUGCGCUCGGUGACAGCCACUAUUGGCCACGAAAAGAAGACAAGAUUUUCUACAACAAGCCUGGAAAAGAUCUGGACACUCGCGUUCAAUUCCUGGGAGGCAAGCUGCUGACUGCCAUUGGUUUGGGUGACGAUCAGGACCCUGAUAGCUUCCAAACCGGGUACCAGGAGUGGGAGCCUAGACUCUGGCAAGCGCUCAACGUUGCCAAUGUGGAGGGGCUGCCAGAAGAGCCACCGCCGUUGACCAACGAAGACAUCAAGCUGGCGUCGAACUACCUCCGAGGCACCAUCGAGGAAGGACUCGCGGAUACUUCAACCGGUGCUAUAUCCGCGUCGGAUCAACAGCUCACUAAAUUCCACGGUACCUAUCAACAAGAUGAUCGUGACCUGCGCGAUGAACGCAAAGCACAAGGUCUUGAGCCAGCCUAUUCCUUCAUGAUCAGAUGUCGGCUGCCAGGAGGUGUCGCGACUCCAUCACAGUGGGUUCAGAUGGACGCAAUUGCUUCGGCUCAUGGCAACGAAACCAUCAAGCUCACCACGAGGCAAACGUUCCAAUUCCACGGUGUCAUCAAGUCGAAGCUCAAGCCAGCCAUGCGAGCGAUCAACAAGGCGCUCAUGACGACCAUCGCGGCUUGCGGCGAUAUCAACAGGAACGUCAUGUGCUCGAGCUUGCCGACCCUGUCCGAAUAUCACCAGGAAGUCCACGCCGUUUCAAAGAGAAUAUCCGACCAUCUCUUGCCCUCCACCACGGCCUACCAUGAGAUUUGGUUGAAGGAUGACACCACUGGUGAGAAGACGCAAGUCGCCGGUGACGCCGUGCAAGACUUUGAGCCCCUCUACGGCCCGACCUAUCUCCCCAGGAAGUUCAAGAUCACCAUUGCCAUUCCCCCCCACAACGACACCGACGUCUAUGCUCACGAUGUCGGCCUCAUUGCCAUCCGGUCCAAGGACAACGGCCAUCUUGAAGGCUUCAACAUCCUCGCCGGCGGCGGUAUGGGUGUUACACACAAUAAUAAGAAGACUUACCCUCGACUGGGAUAUAUGAUGGGCUAUGUCCCCGCCGACGUGGCACAUUUGGUGUGCGAAAAGAUCAUGCUCGUGCAACGCGACAACGGUGACCGGAAGAACCGCAAACACGCACGGUUGAAGUACACCAUGGACGACAUGGGCAACGAAGUCUUCAAGUCGAAAGUCCAAGAGCUCCUCACCCCGCUAGGCAUCACCUUCGACACGCCACGCCCGUACAAGUUCGAUUCGAACAUUGACACAUUCGGCUGGCUCCGCGACGAAAAGGGUAUGAACCACUUUACCUUCUUCAUCGAGAACGGUCGCGUGGAGGACACGGCAGACUUCUUGAUGCGGACGGGCCUGAGAGAAAUUGCAAAGAUCCACAAGGGCGAGUUCCGCCUCACGGGAAAUCAGCACUUGAUCCUGUCCAACGUCACCGACGAAGCCAAACCAGCCAUCGUCGAGCUGAUGAAGAAAUACAAGCUGGACAACACGCAGUUCUCGGGCAUGCGGCUGUCCAGCUCAGCGUGCGUUGCCUUCCCAACCUGCGGUCUUGCCAUGGCCGAGUCGGAGAGGUACUUGCCAACGUUGAUCAGUAAGCUGGAGGCAUGCCUGGAAGAGAAUGGACUGUCGCAGGACUCGAUCGUGAUGCGCAUGACGGGUUGCCCCAAUGGCUGCGCCCGCCCGUGGGUCGCCGAGGCCGCCUUUGUCGGCAAAGCCUAUGGCGCCUACAAUAUGUACCUAGGCGGCGGCUACCAUGGCCAGCGCCUGAACAAGCUGUACCGCAGCAGUAUCAAGGAGGACGAGAUCCUGGACAUCAUGCGGGACCUGCUGGCCCGCUACUCCAAGGAGCGCACCGACGGCGAGCACUUUGGCGACUGGACCAUCCGCGCCGGCGUCAUCAACGAGACCACCGAGGGCAAGAACUUCCACGACAACACCGCCGAGGAGGAGAGCGACGCCGAGUAA